AUGUCAGCGGACGACCAGCAGUUUCUGGACGUACUGUCCUCGCUGCCCAACCACAUCCGCCGAUACUCGGACGACCUUGCGAAUCUCAUCAACCCGCACGUAGACAAGGCCGCCCAGGCUGUCCGAGAGACUCUUGCGUCCACAGAAUGGCUGCCCGACUCGGUGCGACCGAGUCCUCCCGUUCGGCAUGUUCCGAUCGAGGUGAUUGCUAUGAGCCGUUACGAGACGAUCCACACUUGGGUAAAAGAGCACAAGCUCCUGACUGGUGCCGUCGUUGCCGUCGUGGGAUUCGUCGCCUAUCGUUCAUACAAGAGUAGCAGGUUCUGUAAGAAGACGCGCCGGGCGAAACGGGCGAGGAACGGCGGACGGCUCGAGGUUGUCGUCAUCGCCGGGUCGCCCAGUCUACCCUUGACAAGGUCACUGUCUCUGGACUUUGAGAGGAGAGGCUUCAUCGUUUACAUCGUGUGCAACGCCGAGGAGGACGAGAGCAUGGUGCACAGCUUGUCGAGGCCAGACAUCCUCCCUCUGACCAUUGACACCACGGAUCCUCCCAAAGCCGGAGCAGCCAUCGAUAGCUUCGCCCAGUAUCUCCAGUCACCCCACGCUCCGGCCCCUCGGACAAGACCCAACCACCUGCAGCUGAAAUCCGUCAUCCUCAUCCCCUCGCUCAACUACCAGACGUCACCCAUCGCCACCAUCCCGCCUUCCAGCUUCGCAGACCUCUUCAACACCCACCUCCUUCACCCCAUCCUUACCAUCCAGGCUUUCCUGCCGCUCUUAACGACCCGUCUUAGCCCACCCGAAGAGAAGUGGACACCGCCAAAGGUGCUCGUCUUCACACCGUCCAUCAUCUCCUCCAUCAACCCGCCUUUCCAUGCCCCCGAAGCGACUGUCUCGUCCGCCCUAUCAGCCUUCACCGAGGUCCUGACCGCAGAGCUGCGGCCUCUGGGCAUCCCAGUAACCCAUAUGCAGCUGGGUACUUUCGACUUCACCGGCUUCCAGCCCGCGAAGCACACCCACCCUUCCCAGAGAGGCCUCCUCGAAGGCGGCCCCGGCAUCGACGCCGACGCAACCGAGACCUUGAUGUGGCCCGAGAAUGCCCGCCAUGCCUACGGACGCAACUUUGUCAUGCAGAGCACCUCGGCCAUCUCGGCCGGCCGCAUUCGCGGUCUGAAGGGCAGCUCGCUCCGCCACCUGCAUAACGCCGUCUUUGACGUCAUCGAUGGCUCCAUCACCAGCGGCACCGUCCGUGUCGGUCUCGGCGCCAGUGUCUAUGGCUUUGUCGGUCGUUGGGUACCGCGUGGUCUGGUCUCAUGGAUGAUGGGCAUCCGCCGCGUCGACGAGCUAUCGGCAUGGCAGACCAGUUCCUACAAUGGCUCACUUGACGGCAGUGAGAACGAGGACGGCCAGGACUUUGUCGCGGUGCCGGACGAGAAGCUGGACAGCAACGUGUGGAAGUCGUCCUAG